AUGAGUAAUUCAGAUAUUAAAGUUCCAUCUGAACACGAUAGCGCUGCUAUCGUUCCCUUUGACAGUAACAAGGCGGAAGAUUCUUUAAAAACUUCACUUCACAAUAAUAAUUCAAUUGGUACCUCUACUAAGGUUUCUCAAGAUGAAUCUUUGCAAAACUCUCCUAAAGGAAUCAGCGGUUCUCCUGCAUACGAUGCCAACAAUAUCCCAUAUUAUUCACCAUAUGCGUUGAUGUCCCACCCAUACCCAAUUGGUUGGUCUCCAUAUGGUAACCAUUAUCCACCACCAAUAUUCCCUAACUACUUCGGUCAAACUUAUGCAGGUAUGCAUCCAGGUUUACAAUUUCCUAUCCCACCUUCGAUUCCUAAUGACUACUACCAACAGCAUCCUCCAAUUACUCCAAACCAAGUACCAUCAAGCACCUCUGCUACUGAUUCAACAUCACAACCCCCAACUGCUCCAGUUCAUACACAUCCAAUGGACAGGAUAAUGCUAACAGUAGCUUCGUCGGCUCAUGACUUUAACAGAUGGAUCAAUGACUUUGUCAAAUUUUUAAAGCAAUCCAAUUUAGUAGAUAUCAUCCCAGAUGAAUACGGCUGUGCUAAACGUACCCCAACUGACGUUGAAAAAGCUUACAUCAUUAACAUAUUCAAUAUGUACGUACCAGCGGACACGUACCCUGACUGGAUGAAGAGCUCCAUCUCUGAGGGAACCGAUCUCCUUACCCUAAUCCUACAUGCCAUUGGCACUGUUGCAAAUAAGGACCCUGAAGAAGAAUUACUUAACAGGCUAAGUAACAUUACAUUCGACGGAUCCAAUGCUGCAUUUAUAUUUGCUGCCAAAAUACGUUCUCUCGUCAAGAAUUGUAGAAGUUCUGAUGUUAACAUUCCCGAAUCAAUAAUAUGCAAGUGUAUAAUGAAUGGCUUGAAAGGACAAUAUCUAUCAUUAAAUACAAGAUAUGCCGAAAACGGUGCAAAGGUUACUUUGAAUUUACUUUUACGUGAUAUCCAGAUCUUAUACGAAAUAGAGAGCAAACGGGAUAAACCUUCCAACCUGAGGAACAAACCGAAAAGUGAUAAUGUGGUCAAACUGUCUCUACCAAUGUGA